UCUCAAUUUGGAUGCGCGUUCCCGAAAGGCUUCAGGUUUUUGUCGACGUCACACCGGAAUAGGUGCACGCGCGACACCCGAACGGUUGUCAUGAGAAUCAGCAGCUCGAAGCGAGCCAGGGGACAAUAACAACGUCGCGGCUCACUCUUUUCAAUUCAAGGUUCCAUCUUGAUGAGGCGACAGGAUGGCGGGAGCAGAGGUGUGCACCCCUGCAAACCCCACCUGCAAGAUUAUGACCUUCAGGCCCACAAUGGAGGAGUUCAAGGACUUCAACAAGUAUCUGGUUUAUAUGGAGUCUCAGGGCGCACAGCGCGCAGGUCUGGCCAAGGUGAUUCCCCCUAAAGGCUGGAAGCCACGUCGUACCUAUGACGACAUCGACGAUUUGAUGAUCGACGCUCCCAUCCAGCAGAUGAUGGCCGGCCAGUCGGGCCUCUUCACGCAGUACAACAUUCAGAAGAAGCCGCUCAGUGUGCAGGAGUUCAGGCGACUAGCAAACAGCGACAUGUACUGCACGCCUCGGUACCUGAACUACGAAGAUCUGGAGCGGAAGUACUGGAAGAACCUCACGUUCGUCUCGCCCAUUUACGGCGCCGAUGUGGGCGGCAGCCUCUACGACGAGGAUGUCGAGGAAUGGAACAUUGGGCACCUGAACUCGAUCCUGGACGUCAUCGAGGAGGACUGCGGUGUGUCCAUCCAGGGGGUCAACACGCCAUAUCUCUACUUCGGCAUGUGGAAAACGACCUUCUCCUGGCACACCGAAGAUAUGGAUCUGUACAGCAUCAAUUACCUUCAUUUCGGAGAGCCCAAGUCCUGGUAUGCCAUCCCCCCAGAGCACGGGAAAAGACUGGAACGGUUAGCUACUGGUUUCUUUCCCAAUAGCUUCAAGGGUUGCGAGGCUUUUCUCCGUCACAAGAUGACUCUAAUCUCACCCUUUGUACUGAAGAAGUAUGGAAUUCCCUUUGAUAAGAUUACGCAGGAGGCCGGAGAGUUCAUGGUCACCUUCCCUUACGGCUACCACGCCGGAUUCAAUCACGGUUUCAAUUGUGCUGAAUCGACCAAUUUUGCAACCAUACGGUGGAUAGACUACGGCAAAAUUGCAACACAGUGUACUUGCAGUAAGGAUAUGGUCAAAAUAUCCAUGGAGCCUUUUGUAAAGAGGUUUCAGCCUGACCGCUAUGCCAACUGGAUGCUGGGCAAAGAUUCUGCGCCCAUCGACCACACAUUGGCUACUCCCAGUACAACGCCGGAGUUGCAAAGCUGGUUGCAGAGGCGCUCCAGGACAAAAUCCUCCAAUAAAAGCAGCAGCCAUUCUCGAAUGCGCUUAAAACGUCUCAGAACCACAGAGGAGCCCGUCGGCCUGAACGACAGGUCCCUGUGCAGCAGCAAGAGGAAAGGCCUGUGUGGUCCGCCCGGGCCCAAAGCGCGGCGGUCUCUCGUCGAAGCGCCGUGCGCGUCGGAAGAGGCAGAGGAGGAGGAAGGGCAGGAGAAACUUGGAAAAAGGGAGACCCGACAAAGCCACAAUGCUCUUCAGCUUUCUGGUCGUUGCAGACAGAUGUGUGUGGUCAAAGUGAACCGAGUACAGAGCAACACUUUGAGUUUUCCUCAUAUGGAUCUCCGAAACUCUCCGUCCAGUUCCUGCCCGCCUCCUGGCCCCUCAGCAAAGCACAACUUAAAGGCAGAGAGUGAGACUCACGGUGACCCUCAAGGACCCUCAAGGCCCGAGAUCGAUGAUAGGACUCCCGAAGGACUCAGAGAUUGGUCUGAGCCGUCUGAAAUGCAGCUAGAAAUGAACGCGUCAGCAUGUUGCCCUCCUGAACCUCAAGACCUCUUAAAUUCUCAGGACCUUUCUGCCAUGGACGCUCCCAUGGAGACCACCACACUCACCUCCUCGUCACACACAACAAGCACCUCCGCUGAAACAGAGACGGGCUCGUGCCCUUUCGUCUCUGAUGCUCAGACAACAGACUCGUUGAGUCCAGGAAACUCUUCGAGCCCAGAGUCAAAGACUCACGGCAGCGUGGACAAAGCAUCAGCCAUUUGUGCCAAGUCACUCGUUAAAGCACAGAAAUCAAUCACUUUUGACCAAAAACAUAUCUACCCGCGAUGCACUGCAGAAGUAGAUUAUGAUACAGACCCUAAGCCAGCAGAGGGAGGUAGUUGCACAUCAUGCACCCCCCCCACUUCUCCGGGGCAUGACUGUGUCUUAGAAAUGAGCAGUUGUGAGCAAAGUGUUUCGCCCCCAUUGCUGCAAAGAAGUGCAGUGGAUAUGCCACACCUCACUCCAGAGCCAGCAGAUACAUUCGGAAUCAGUCCUCUACCUCCUGUACUGACCCAAGAGAUGCCCUCCCUCACCCCGGCUGAUGAUGGGCCACUUGCCAUGUCAAAAUCUUGCACCUACCCCCACCAGUUUGCACCUGUGCUCCAACGGGAGAUCCCAGGAGGUGCUCCAGCCUCCCUCGAAACCAAACAGGAAGAGACCGAGUCGAGGAUUCCCAAAGAAUCUUCCUGUAUAGAACAAAUCCACGACUGGCAUUUACAUUCUUCAGAUCAUUUUCAAAGCACAGCAGAUGCGAGGUUAGAAACUGAUGUGGCUCACGUGUCUGGCAACGGCAUCCACAAAACAUCCGACAGUGUUCACAAAAGUCUUGUAGGUGCAGAAAAUCACACAGUGGUUGGAGACAUUGGAGAGAGCGAGGCCUCCUCCCGGCUAGUUCAGAGUGUUGCACUCCAAAUAGAACAUUCCAGCUUAUCGGCGUUGGCAUCAAGCGAUAAAGAGCAAGUUCAAACUGAUAUUGCAUCGAGUCAAAGCAGCGCUGGCCCUCUUGGGCCUGAUACCUCAACCAGUCAACUUUCGUCCUCUUCAAUCCCACGACAGCUUUACUCGGAUUUAGAUCUUAACUCUCAUUCGCGCUGUACUUCCCAGAGUCCACAAAUGGAGCACGCAUACGACUCCAGCAAUAUUUGGAGGAACUUCAACUCUCAGAGUCCUGCCGUGCUCAUCCAAAGCCUCCAACCGGACCCCCCGUGCGACUUCACCCAGGACCCCCUACCGUACACCGUGUGGACGGAACCCCAGUGCAAAGAGGUGACGCAUCUUGAGGACCCCGGAGAAGAACUACGUGAAAGCCACGAAGGGGACGCUGGAUCUCUUACUUGGGCUCAGCUGGAGCCGACCACACUGCUUGCAGUCAGUACCCCUGAGAAUGUUGAGUUUUGUGGGGACGAAGGGGAUUCCGACGAGCGCCUCUCUUUAAGCAGCGGACUAGAAAGAGAGACUCAUUCGCCUGUCGGUGCAGUUUUACCUCCGGUAAUGAGUGCAGGUGCGCGGGACGGCAUUUCUGAUGUGGAGGAAGAGGAGUCCGAAUUUGAGGAAGAAGAGCAGGAAAGCAGCACCAAUGGGGAGGACAGCAGUGAUUCAUCUGAUGAGGAUGAAAUUGAGCUGAGUAACUACGAGUAUGACGAAUCAGCCUUGGAACCUGGGGAGGUUUGUGCUUACCCUGCCCUGUCAGUAAAGACCACCACAAAGAGCUGGCGUCACCCACUCAGGAAGCCCACCGCCAGAGCCGUGCCCACUGCCGUCAAAUAUCAGGCCGCCAGUGAUGAUGAUUCCUCUGAAACAGAAGAGGAUGAUGAGCCUGAGAGUGAAGCGUGGGCGAGGCCGCUGAUCUACCUGUGGCAGAACAGGAAGAACUGCUUCAUCGCGGAGAGGGAGUACAACGCUCACGCUGCCACCAUGGAGCCGUAUUGUGCCGUGUGCACACUUUUUAUGCCCUACUAUCAGGGGGAAGACAAAGCAGAGGAUAGUAGCCCGAAAACUGCAGAGGACGCGUCGGCGUCUUCAUUUCCUAAGGAGGGUUCCAGGCAUUGCUUCCGGGGUCCGAGGAAAUCCAAGCCCCUGAUCCCGGAAAUCUGCUUUUUCUUCCGUGAGCAAAACUGCCCCCCGACUCCCACCAAUCCUCUGCUGCAGGACGAUGGCACCUCCCCUCUUCUUUACUGCCAGGGAUGCUGCCUUCAAGUACACGCAAGUUGCUAUGGCGUUGCAGCGGAUGACGCCAGUGACCUUUGGUCUUGCGAUCGCUGCGCGGAGGGCGUCUUCACAGCGGAAUGCUGUUUGUGUAACCUCAGAGGCGGAGCGCUGAAGAAAACCCGAAAUGACAAAUGGGCCCACAUCAUGUGCGCGGUCGCACUGCCAGAGGCCAGGUUCAGCAACGAAGCCGAGCGGGGUCCCAUUGACACCAGUAGGAUCCCCGUGCAACGAUACAAACUGAAGUGCUUCUAUUGUCGUAAGCGCUGUACUGAGGAGUGGCAGGCGGGCGCGUGCAUCCAGUGCUCGUGCGGCCGGUGCCCCACCUCUUUCCACGUGACCUGCGGCCACGCCGCCGGCGUCGCGAUGGAGCCUGACGAUUGGCCGUACGUGGUGUCCAUCACCUGCCGUAGACACCAGUCGCGGAGUUCUUCGGCUAAACAGCGAGCGUCUCAGGCGUCCAUCUCGCUGGGCCAGACGGUCAUCUCCAAGCACAAGAACCUGCGCUACUACACGUCCAAGGUCACGCAGAUCACCUCCCAGAUGUUCUACGAGGUCAUGUUUGAUGAUGGCUCCUUCUCCAAUGAUACCUACCCUGAGGACAUAGUGAGCAGAGAUUGCGUCAACUUGGGUCCUCCCGAAGUCGGAGAAGCCGUUCAGGUGAAGUGGCCCGACGGGCUCUUCUACGGUGCCAAAUAUUUGGGAUCCAACGUGUCCUACAUGUGCCAGGUGGAGUUUGAGGACGGCUCUCAGCUGCUGGCAAAGCGGGACGACGUCUAUACGUUGGACGAAGACUUGCCUAAAAAGGUGAAGUGCCGACUUUCCACAGCCUCCAGCAUGCGUUUCCAGGACACCUUCUUCACCACGCAAGGCGAGCGCAAACGGCAGCGAACCCCCAACUCCCGUUUCCAGAAGGACUUCGUGCCCCUGCCGGACCUCCGGACCACCACCACCACAAGCACAUGGGAGCAACACAAAGGGAAAGAAAAACGCUGGGCGGCUUACAGAGGCAAAUGAACGUCACGGUCGACGCGGGGGCCUGCGUGAGUGCUUGAGAUUCUAUUUUUUUUUUGACUGUAAAGUAUUUCCCAGAUGUCCCCCGUGACGCUUCGAAUGCAUUUGUAAAUUGUUGAUCAUGGAUUGUCGGAGGAGCCUCGUGAUUGGCCAAGCCGGACUCAACGGAAGGCCUCCUGGAGGACGACGUGGCCUCCUUUUGCUUCACAUGCGUCAGGGAGAACAAAAGCGAAUUGUGACUUUUACAUUUGUCCAUUUUUUUUUUUUAAACCGGCUCGCCCACGGUAGGUUUUUGGAGGUCUUUUAUUUGGAUUUAUUUUUUGGAACAUUUCUGCACUUUGCUGGUAGUAUUUUUUUCCCGGUGUUUGGCCGUCUCCCCGCGCAUGUUUAACACUGUCGCUUUGGCUGCGCCAGCGCAGCUUCGUCUCCGCUCUCCGCGUCGGUCGCUUCCGUUCCGUGAAGGAAUCGCCGCCGAUUGGAUCGUGACGAAAAUACGCGCGCGUGCUGACUUUAUGAAUUGUCCUCGACAGACAGGAAGCCGCGCUCGCGUACGCCCGAUGGAAAAACGUGAAAAUGCUACUCUGUUUAAAUGAAACCCACUGAAAUUAUUUAAAUUUGUAUUUAUUUUUGUGCUUGCUAUAUAGUUCAACUAUUGCUAACUGCUGUACGGAAAGCAAAAUAAAAUGUUUUUUAAUUGCC